AUGGCGGCUCCGGCGAGGAAGGCCAUCAGAGGAGUGCGGCGGCCGUUUGCGCCGGUGGUGGUGUCACCGUCGCUGUCGGGGAAUCAAGUGGUGCGGGAGAACGCGGUGGAUCACGAGAGGGAGUCGUCGUUCGCGCGGCGGGUUCGGCGGUUCGGGAAGUGCGCCGGGGAGACGGAGGCGGCGUUUCUUGGCGUCGGCGGCAAGGCGGCCAUGAAGUGCGGCACGUCUUCCCCUGUUUCUACUUCUGUUUCCAAGAAGCCAGUGGAGGCUGCGGCCAGGACGCCGAGGACGGCGAGCAGGAGGAGGAUGGGUUCUUGCUCCAAGAAGUGCUCGACUCCGGCGGCCGCGGUGGUGACGAAGGCGAAGGCGUACGACGCGCCGCACGCGCCGCUGUGGGACUUCCCCGAGGAGCGGGUCAAGGUGAGGGCCAAGCUCUCGUCCCUCUACGACGACGCGGACCAAGGCUGCCAAGAACGGCGCGGCGGCGAGGCCUCCUCGAGGAAGAGGACGAUAAGGAGCAUGGCGAUGGAGGAGGCCAUGGCAGGCCUCCCGGAGCCGGGCGAGGGCCGCGUCAAGUACCUGGUGGGAACGUUCGAGAGGCUCCUCUCGCUGUCCGGCGGCGGUCCCGAGGCGCGGAGCAGAGGCGCGAGGAGGAGGAGGAAUAACGAUGCGACGCCGACGGCGAUGACGGCCUCGGCGUCGUCACCAGCGCCGCAGGGAGCCGAGGAGAUCGAAGUGCCGUACCCCUCCGUCGCGUCAUCGUCUGAGGUCUCCUUCCCCGCCAUCGCCGGCGUCUUCAGCAGAAUCAGAGCUGCACGAGACCAACGGCGGCAGAGGAGAUGCAACAGCACCGGCUCGUCGGAGAGGAGCUGGAGCAGGAAGGUGACAAGCGUGACGACCCAGCGUCGUCCUUUCAACCUUAGGACCGAGCAAAGAGGAAGGGAGAAGGAAGAGAAUUUUGUUCAGAGAAUGAGGAAGAUGCAGCUAGAGGAGGAGAGGCUGCGCAAUCCUCUCACGCGAGGCCUACCGUACACCACUGAUGAACCAGAGAACCCGCAGAAACCUCCAAUAAAAGAACCCACUGAGCCGAUCGAUCUUGUGCUUCAUAGCGACGUCCGUGCGGUCGGUCGCGCCAAGUUUGAUCACCAAGUCGCCGAGCGCAAUAGCUUCAUGGAGGAAGUGAAAUUGGCAAAGGAAAGACAGCAAAAGAUGGAUGAGGAGAUUGAUAUCAAGCAGCUGAGGAAGGAACAGGUGCCAAGAGCACAUCCAAUGCCAGAUUUUACCAGACCAAUUGUGCCCAAAAGGUCAGAGAAACCUCAAACAAUUCCCAGGGAGCCAAGAUUUCAUCCCAGAUUGAUGACGCACAUCUCGAAGGCGUAA